AUGAGUCUCGGCGAGAUCGCCCGGUCGCUGCGGCUGCCCGACAGCGACGUGGCCGAGUCCAACGUCUGGAUCAACGACGACAUCCGGCCCAUGCCCCCGAGCCGCCGCCGCUGGACGACGUCGACCUUUAUCUCCUUUUGGUUGACGAACCAAGUGGCCAUCUCGAACUGGCAGCUCGGCGCUUCUCUCGUCGCGGUCGGCCUCUCGGUCUGGCAGAGCGUCAUCGCCAUCAUCAUCGGCAAGAUCAUCAUCGCCCUCGUCGCCAUCGCCAACGGCAUGGUCGGCGCCGAGUGGCACAUUGGCUUCCCCGUCGUGUCCCGUUACAUCUGGGGCGUCUACGGACAGUACUUCAUCCUGAUCCAGAGGAUCUUCCUCAGCCUGGUCUGGUUCGCCGUGCAGUCGUGGACCGGUGGCCUGACGGUGGUCAACUGUCUGUCCGCCAUCUUCCCGUCCUUCGAGUAUCUGGGCAACGUCUUCCCCGAGUCCUCCCACCUGACGACAAAAAACUUCAUCGGCUGGAUCAUCUUCAACAUCCUCCUCAUCCCAAUCCUCUACAUCAGGCCGGAGCGCAUCCAGAAGCUGCUCCUCGCCUUCAACAUCGUCUCCUCCGUCACCCUCCUCUCCAUCAUGAUCUGGGCCCUCGCCACCGCGGGCGAACCCGGCUCGCUCCUCCGGCAGGGGUCCAAGCCCAUGUCCUCCAGCGACCUCGGCUGGCAGAUCGUCCACGGCAUCACCACCGUCAUCGGCAGCAUCGCCGUCGGCCUCACCAACCAGCCCGACUACUGCCGCUUCGCCCGCCGGCCCGGCGACCAGAUCUUCGGCCAGUGGUUCAGCAUCAUCUUCUUCGGCGCCGUCUUCCCGACCUUUGGCUGCCUCGCCGCCUCCGCCACCGGCGUCAUCUACGGCCAGCCCAUCUGGAACCCGCCCCUGAUCGUCCAGGCCUGGCUCGACACCGACUACAACGCAAAGAGCCGCGCCGGCGCCUUCUUCGUCGGCCUCGGCCUCCUCUGCAUCCAGCUCAGCAUCAACUCGAUCGACAACGCCUUCUCCGCCGGCAUGGACCUCGCCGGCCUGUUCUGCCGCUACGUCAACAUCCGCCGCGGCGCCUACGUCGGCCUCGUCCUGAGCAUCGCCCUCUGCCCGUGGGAGCUCCUCUCGUCCGCCAGCGUCUUCAUCAGCGUCCUCUCGGCCUACAGCGUCUUCUUGGGCCCCGUCAUCGGCAUCCAGAUCUGCGACUACUUCGUCAUCCGCCGCCGCAGGAUCAAGCUGUCCGACCUGUACCACCCGCGACCCGACGGCUCGUUCUACUACUGGAGGGGCUUCAACCCGCGCGCCUUCGUCUCCUGGGUCUGCGGCUUCGCGACGCAGCUUCCCGGGUUCGCGGCGAGCGUCACGCCCGACAGCGUCAAGGUCGGCGCGGCGUGGAUCAACCUGUACUACCUCGCCUUUCCUCUCGGCUUCGCCAUCUCGUUCCUGCUGCACCUGGGUCUCAACACGGUCUGGCCGCCCCAAGACGCCGGCACGGUUGACGAAGUGGACUACUAUGCGACCUUUACCAAUACCGAGGCGAGAAAGUUGGGAGUCCUGCCGCUGGCGUCGGAAAUUAUUGAGAGCUCGCAAAAGGGGGUUGGUAUGAGGACCGCUGAGAAGGGUCCUCGGACUUGGCUCAGGUCCCUGUGGAAAUGA